UCUCUUCUCUCUCUCUCUCUCUUGCUACUCUCUCUGAGUCUCAGACUACAUAUAUGUACACAAAUAUAUACAUAUCUGUGUGUAUGUAUAAGAAGAGGUUUGGAUUGGCAAUGUGAUGGAAGAAGGAGGCGUGAAAAUCAUCGCACUUGCCGACCUCCUCCGCCGCUCUCGUCCCGUCACCGCCGCAUCAUCUCUCACUCCCAGCCGUUCGAUUUCCCCAUCUUCAAAACCACAGCCGUCCGACAGAAAUCAGACCUCCACUCCUCCCACCCAAAACCCUAACCCUCACCCUAAAACCCUGUCCUCUCUCAACCACCCAUCCCUCAUCAUCGGAACCCUAACCCUACCUUCCCACGACAACAACCCUUCAUCUUCAAAUUCCACUCCUCGUUGCCCUAAAACCAGCUGCUUCUCGUUCUCCGACGGUUCCUCGGUCGUCUGCUGCGAUAUUCUUGACCUAGACGUUCGAAUUAUAGGAAGAAAGAUACACGUUCUUGCUUGGAACUUCAUUCCAUUGAAAUGUGGCGGGGGUUUCUUGGAAAUCAUCACGUGGAGACUUCCGGAAACUUCCGGUGUGAUUCCUCCGUGUUCGAAUGUGUUUCCUUUGGUUUCGGAUUCGGUGAUUGAUUGUGGAGACGGUGACAAGGCGAGAUAUUCGGUUCGUGGCGAGUUAGAGUCUGUCAGCCCUGUUUCGGUAGUUCCGUGUGUUAGUAAUUCUAGCGUUUCAAGAAAUGUUUGUGGGUUUCUUGUGCAAAUUUUGGUUUGUACGUGUAAAUUGUGUUGUGUGAAGGACUCUAAAUUAAUGGCUAUGCAAGAUCAGAUUGAAGGGCAGGAUAGCCAUUGCUUUGCCAAACCUGUGAUUGUGUACUUUUGUGGGUCGGCUUCGUCCUGGCAUCCUGUGAUUAUAAAGCUGAUUGGUAGUGUUGUUUUGCUAUCUGGGUUGAAGAAGAAGUUGGUUUUUAUAGGAGAGGAAGAUUCUCAGUUGAUGUAUGUAACUUCCGAAAAAACUUUGUUGCAUCUCCCCAAGGUGAUUAAUAGACGGUUUCCAGCUAGUAAGACCGUAAUUAAGGGCAAUGGUGAAUGUGGCAUGUAUACCGGCACUGUUACGGGCAUUUACAUGCAGAGCAUGGUAGUUGAGUUGGACAGAGAAGUGAUGUUGUUACUUACAGAUCGACUUAUCGCUCUGCCGCAUAGUCUCAGAGUUGGCGCUAUUGUAUCCAUGAGGAAUGUCCAUUUUGUGAAUCCAAAAUUUUGUUGGACAAAAGUACUUAUUCUUGGUGCUUGCUAUAGAACUAGCAUUAUUGUGAAAUCUUUUUCCCCAUUUGAAACUGGGUGUUGUUUAAGUUCACAAUCUCAAAGCCUUUUGGGGAAGUUCAUUAAUUCAUUAUCAUUUUCCGUAAAACUAUGGGUAUUACUUCUUGUCUCAAGUUUCAGGAAAAAGUUUGCUGGCAUUUUAAAUGAGAAGGAGAUCUUGGGAUCAAACAAUAAGGAAGGACUGGUUCAGUCAUAUGCUAAUUCGCAGUUACCUUCAUCCAUGUUUCGAUCUCGGCAGCAUGGAGUAUUUAGAGAAUACUGUAAGCAUGACUCUUGCGGCUGUGGCAACGAACCGAACUACGGUCAACUUAAACUGGUGGUACCUAUCGCUCAUUUUGUCAGUCAUUGUGAAGCAACAUGGAUGAAAAUGCUGUGGGAACGGGAGACUGAUUCUGACUUGAUGAAUAACUCUGACAAAAAUAGCCAUCUAUCCUGUGAAGGAUUACCUUAUAGUGGGUCAAUUAGGAGGAUUAUGCUCAGUGAAGACAUAGGUGUUGUUUUGCUUGGAUCGAUUUCCUCAUCUUCUGGAAGGGUGCAAUUGAUUGAUGCAACUGGCAGCAUUGAUGUCAUUAUACCAGAUCUUUCAUCAGCUUGGAAUACUGACAGUCUAUACGAGGUAAAUGACUUCUCUCUUGUUAUGGAAGGAAAACUGGAACGAGUGGAUUGUUUGGGGUUACACCUCAACGACUCAUUCUUGUGCAGAAAUAUUUUUAACAGCAUUCGAUUAGUAAGAGAGAUGAAGCUAGCAAUUUAUCUUCUCUAUCAUUUGGGAGACUCAAAAUCCAGAAAUCUCCCCUUCCAUGCUGGUAUCAAGAAUAAAGCAAACUUUGAGGAGCUUCAAAGUGGAAGAUUUCACCUUCUUUUGGUGACACAUAAAUAUCCUGUGGAACAAACGUUUCAAGGUGAACGAGGUACUUCAAGCAUGUUUGCAGAGGCAUUCAUUUUGCUUUGGGAUCUUUUAAUUGCUGGCAAGGACGGGCAUAAGUGUCCGACUAACCUUUCUUCAGACCUGCUGAAAGAACCCAUGGAGCAUCACUAUACUAGCAGAAACUACCCGGAAUUCGUUCCUAGUAAGAGAUAUAAAAUUGAUCAGCCAUCAAAUAGAGAAUCGCAUUCUAGUUUGCACGGUGCUGAAUACGAAUUAUGUGGCCCAAAAACUUGUCUCUCUUCGAGUUCUUAUGCGAGAUCAUAUCAGGAGCAGAAAUGUUUGAAUUUAUGUUCCCCGCCUGAUAUUCCUUGUUUUGUUACCAAUAAUGAUCAUUGUGUAGCUAGUCCAGGAAUCUUGUGUUGCUCAAAAGCUAAUUUGAAGGUCAGUUCUGGUUCCACACCCAGUGCACAGAAGAUAUUGUUGGAGUUCAAUUCUGAAAGCUUUUGGAAGUGUGAGCUGUUGAGAAUUGGCAGCUAUUACAUCAUAAAGCAUCACAAAGAAGAUAUUCUAUGUACUUCCAAGGACACUAAUGAUGCAAGCUGUUGUAAAAUUAUUAUCACUUCUACAACACAUCUGUGGAGCCUGUCAUUCUCUUCUGAUGAGGAUAUCCAAAGUACCAAUCUAUCACACCCUCCUACUGAUUCAUUUGACAGCCCUAAUGAGACACCCUCUGAAUGUCCUCAUCAAAAUGUGCGUCCUCUCAAGAAUUUGAGUGUAGAUUGUGUUUCAAGUCAUCCAGACUUGCAUGUACAUCUCUUUAGGGAUAAUGAAAGUUUCUUAAAGGAAAAUCUUAAGUCAUUGGAUGAAGGUUUGCUUAAGCCAUCUGUCUCAGUUGAAGAGGUUGCCAACAUUUCUUGGUGCAGUGAGACCAAAAUGAGUGGAUCAUUUCAUUAUUCUGGUACUUCUGACCCUGAAUUCCAGUUGCCUGAGGGAAAUUUGAUCUCUUUCCAUGGACAUGUGGUGGCUGUUCACAACUCUGGUUCCAGUUCUUUCGGCGCAAAUGUAAGGCGCAAAAGUCCGGUGGAUAUUAGUUGCACAAAAUUCUUUCCAGUGACAAACAGUGUCUGUAUUCAUGUUUUGGUGGACCGUCACUUGGUUAAGAUUUUUGGUGCUCAAAGCAAACAUUCAUAUCCCAUUGGAUUUGGACCUGACAUCACUGCAACUUUCCAUCGAGUACUUGUUUUGAGUGGGAGGAAUGAAGUCAUCCUGACACCUACAUCUUUCAUUGUAAUCAAAGCCGUAGGAGUAGCCAGCGACCAACGCAUCGACAAGUAUGAUAAUGGAUUAGUUGUUUCAGGGCAAUGCAAUGUUGCAUCUCUAGAUACUUUUCCAUCAGCUUUGAUGUCUGAAAUAAUGCAACACAGUGACUGUAAGCCAGUACAGUUUCAUUGCAGGGUUGUGGCUAUUUAUAUUCUGGUUCUGGAGGACAGCAGUAAAGCUGUUUAUCCCAAAUCAAGAUUUCACUCCCAGUCGCCUGUGAUUAAUAUUCCCCUCGCUGGUUUUGUAUUAGAUGAUGGGUCGUCCUCAUGGUGUUGCUGGACAAAUAGUGAAAAGGCAGCAAUCUUACUGAGGCUACAUGAAGAAUUUUCACAUGAAAAUCAUACUAGAAGUACGAGGGGAUCAAAGAUCAUAAGGGCAGAUGAGGCCCGUGGCCCCCUUCGUCAUUUAGAUAAAAUUUUACAGAAGCAUGGUAGAGUUAUUGUCAAAAACUAUGGAUCGAUGUUCGACUCUUCAGCUCAAGACCUUAAUUUUUCCGUCACUUCAAAUACUAUCUUCAGCAGCUCAGAUGAGGACCUCCUCAAGUUUCUUAUCCUCAAAGCCUGCUUCAGCACCUUAUGGACUGUUGUCGGCACUCGGAUGGAUUCCAAUGCUAUUGGAAAGCUGGAGAAACGGUUGAUGGAAAUGGAGAUGAAAAUGCAUCCAAUGCAAAAUAUAUGGGUUGGAGAAGUUCACUUCUCAAACCCUCUCACUGAAGCACGAAAAAUAGCCCAAGAACUCCUGAACCGGUAGACUACCGCGGUAGUUGUGAAUUGUGAUAUGAUCUUACUUGUAUGAUGUAAUGCAAGUUCUGAAUUGCAUUUUACGCGUAUCUAUCGUCUUCAUGACACAGUGUGGUGAGUGAUAAGAGCAAUUAUAUGAGCGUGCAAUACUGUCCUCCUAAUUAAUUAUAGGUGUUGUAUAAAAAUCUUGAAUUCUAUAAAUGCAUUUUGUUCACCUUGA